AUGAUAAAGUUCGUUCGUAUUUCUUUUUUCCUCAUUCUUUUAAAUUUGUGUACACAUGAAAGUAAUGUGACGAGUAAGGAAGUUAUGAAUCAGAAAAAAUAUAAUUUAAGAAAUGGUUCUACAACUGGUAAUUUAUCUUUACAACGUAAAAAUAGUGACUUAAACUCAGAAGAUAUAGGUGGCUCAAAGAAAGAAGGUAAAGAUUCACAAAAUGAAAACUUAAGUAUUACGAAAGGAGAAGAAGAUGGUACUACAGAUAGCGAAGGUCCGCUUGAAGGCGACCCUGGUAAAAAUGGUAUAAAAGGUGAUACAGAUCCAAGUAAUGAUAUUAGUUCUAAAAGUGGUACUGCAAGUAUUCAAGAAGGUCCUAAGGGAGAUGCAGAUUCGACAAGUGUUGAAACUACUGCGGAGGUUGAAGUUCAUGCUACGGAUGUAAGUACUAAGGAUGUUAAAAGUCCUAUGGUUAAUGGAGAACAUACGGUUGAUGGGGGACCUAAGGCUGUUGAGAAUUCUCCACCUGGGGGAGAUAACAAGGGAGGUACUAGCGAACGAAGGGAGGAUGAUAAGGCUUCUGCGACUGAUAAUGAUGGCAGAACUAAUGAACCAAAAGAAGCUAUUACAAGUCCACCAACAGGAGAUUCUCAACAGAGUAGUCCACGUGAAGAUGAACACCAGGACAUGAAUGAGGGAAAUACAAUACCUAUGAGUACUGUAAUUGGCGUGGAAAAAAGGACAGGCGAUGGAUUUACCGAAGAAACUGCUAUAACUACUCAACCUGGUAAUAUUGUGAAUCAGAAUGACCCAGUUGAACAUGGGAAGAAAAGUGCUGAAUCUGUCGAUGUUAAUAGUCAGACUGUCCAAUUAAGUGACAAAGGGGCAGAUACACACAACAGUAAUGCUCUUCCUGAUGCACCAGAUAAUGGAGACGCAAGUAGACAAAAAAUUACUACAUCUGUUGAUGGAGAUCAACAAAAUGAUGAAGAAAAUAAUAACAUCCUUAAGGACGUAACUGAUGAAAACAAAAAACAAGAAGAGAAUAAGGAAGAACUUGUAUUAGAGGAAAAAGUUGAAGAGCAAGAUGAUGAAGUAGACAAUGAACAAAGUGUUCAGGAAGUGACAGAAAUGGAAGUUCAUUUGAAGGAUGAAGAUCUACAGGAUAAUGAAGAUGAAGAUGAAGAAGAGGUGGAAGGACGUAAAAGUGAGGAAACGGAUAAAGAAGUAGAGGAGAAUGAAAGCGCAGAAGAAGAAAAGGAUGCCAAAAAAGGUGAGAAAGGAAAAGAAGAACGAAAUAAGGUCCCACCAAAUGACACAAAGGCUCAUGAAUCACUUAUGGGAGAUUAUAAAGAUGCUAAUAAUGCUAAGAAGACAGCAGAUUCUUUAGUAAAAGGGUUAAUUAAUUUACUUGAUGAUAAUAUGGAGGUUGAUGACACAGUAAAAUCUUUACUAAAAGAUAUAGAACUCUUUUUUUUAAAAAAUUUAAAUACUAAAGAACUGCUUUCUUAA